GAAGGGGAAACUCAGCUUAACUCUGAAGAAUUCACUGCUGUUUGAGUGGAGGUGAUAUGACGUGAGACACAAGCAGGGGUCUGUCUACUCCCACCCCCCUUUUGCCCCCGUCCUGUUUACCUGCUUGAAGGAUUUCAAAGGAGCUCUGUGUGUGCUCAUUUAUGAGGAAGGGUUAGGGAGAGAAGAAAAGGGAACUGCUUUUACUGCACCUCCAUCUUAGAGUCAGCAAACAGACUUAAGAGGAGGAUAAAAAAAAAAGGAUCUUCCUCACUGAGAAUAAACAGCUUUUCCAUCAGUAGGUGCGUUCACAUAUAAACAUGGCUUUCAAGCUGCGGUUUGCUCUUUCACUGUGCCUUGUGUUGGGAACUUCUGAAGCUGGAAAGCAGAUGCCUAAACUCUCUGACAAGAAACUCUGCGCUGACUCUGAAUGCAGCUAUCCUAUCUUGAUAGCUCGUGCACUGCAGGACUACUACCCUGGAGACUGCAGGUUUAUCUCCAUCAGACAGGGGCAGCUUGUCUAUGUUUAUGCGAUGCUAAAAGACAGAGGGAACCUUUUCUGGGCUGGCAGCGUACAAGACUCCUAUUAUGGACAACAGGAAGCUCGCAUUGGCCACUUCCCCAGCAGUGUAGUGGAGGAGACACAUGCUCUCAUGCCAGCUACUACUGAAGUCAAAACUACUAAAUGGGACUUCUACUGCUACUGAUAUUACUCUUGCAAGAAGAAAAAGAACUUUUCUCAUGUCAUAAAAUAACAUACUAACUUGAUGUGAUGCAUACUUGUGAUAGCUUAUUUGCAUGCACCUGAUAAUCUGAGCUUCAGCAGAAGUAUGCAAUAGCUCUGCACAAUAAUGAAUGCUUUUAAAAUGUAUUCAUAUUUUAUGAGCUCUAUAUUUGACAAUUUUAUAUCAGUCAGUUAUUACAUUAAAAUGAUAGAUGAAGCAAAUUACAUUGAUUAUCUUGCUACAGUGUGAUGUUCUGCUGGGAGCAUACAGUAGAUGAUGUUACUUUGACACCAGCAGAGGUUUUGCAUCCUUGCUUUGGGAGGUGGUUUUAAUGUAAAUGGAUGAUCGUUGUAUAUUCCCUGUAAUGUUCAUGUUUAUCUGAGGUUUUGGAGAUAAUAAUAAAAGUUUUUUCA